AUGGAUUGGUUACUACUCUAUGACUUUAUAACACAAUCGGUCAAAUGUAAGCUAAAUGCUCAUUCCGAUGAAAUACAAUCUAUAGUUUGGAUAAAGUUACAACAACAACAACAACAGCAGCAGCAACAAUCAGCAGAUCAUCAAGCGUUGUUAUCUUUUGUUAGUUCAUCUAAAGACAAGACUAUUAAGGUGUGGAAACAGGCAAGUCAUGAAUCGCUGGAUAGUGGAUUCUCGGUGUUACACAACUUGAAUCCUUCAGGCAACAAGUCUUCAGCAGCAACUAGUAAUGCUUCGAAACAGUCCGGUAACACAGCUGAUAAGAACAGAGUUUGGUUGACACUAUGUUGGAGUCCAGAGACACCAAACUACUUGGUGACAAGCUCGCUCGGUGCCGAUUUACUGGUUUGGAAUCUUACGCUUCCGAAACCAUUGGGAGAGCGAUUCCCAGGUAGUCAUCACCAACGUACGAUCUUCAAUAUCACUGCUUGUCCUUUUGAAGGUAACGAGAUUUCAAUCAACACCGCUGUCAGACACCCGCCAUUGAUCACCACAUCGAUGGAUCGCAACAUGAUCUACUGGGAACCGAACAACAAAGUGAAAUGGAAGAUCACUGCACUUGGUGGAUUCGUAUAUUGCAUCACCUCUAGCUGUUACAGUCCAAAGACAUUGGUUAUUGGCUGUGGUGACAACAUCAUUAGACAAUGGUCACCGGAUUUAGAUGAUAUCAGUGAGACUAACAACAACAACAACAACAUUAAUAAUAGUAUAACAGAUGUAUAUGAAACUAAAAGUUAUUGGAAAGGAAUACAAUCUAAAAUCACAGCAAUCGAUAUACAUCCAGUAAAGACAUCGCAACUUGCUUUUGGUUUGGAUGAUGGACGUGUCGGAAUCUAUGACACCGAAAGAAACACUUCAAGUUUCUUCCCAGGUGCUCAUAAGAAGGAGAUUUAUGAAAUUCAGUGGAGAUCAAUGAAUGAAAGUGGUAAUAGUAAUAGUAGUAGUUCUAAUUAUAGAAUAUAUAGUUUGGGAAAUGGUGAGAUCUUUGAAUGGAAUCCGGAAAAGAUAGACCAACCUUUCAAGAAUAUCAAUGACGUAAUUAGGUUCGAGAAUGGUAUUAAAGAUCAAUCUAGAUCAGCUGGUGCCAAGAGUGAAUUCUGUUGGAAUGCCAAUGCAGAGCUGGUGAUUGUUUCCACUCAGACCGGACAGCUUGAACUCUACGAUUCGAAAUUCAAGUUACUCACAACAAUGAAGCAUCAUAAGCAACUCAUCAAUAGAAUCAGAUGGAAUCCACAUCCAUCGAAAUCCGAUUACUUUGCAACUGCAUCACUUGAUAAAACCAUUGGUAUAUUCCGACUGAUUAGAAGUUAUCAGCAACAAACAACAACAACAACAACAAAUGAUGAUAUCAAAGAUACUACAACUACAACUACAACAAUACCAACAACAAUUUUUCAAAUAGAAUUGGUUGGAUGCUUUAAGAAUCAUAGAGCAGCUGUGUUUGGUAUUAGUUGGUCGCCACACGAUGAGAACCUAUUGGUUAGUUGCUCUGCUGAUUGCACUGCACAGGUUUGGAACAUCGAAACGAUGCAACCAAUUGCCAAUAUUCGUGGUCAUGAUGGCAGAGUUCUGACCGUGCAUUGGAGUCAUAUCUACAGAGAUGUUGUAUUCACAGGUGGUGAGGAUCAAACCGUUAGAAUGUGGGAUUACACACAACAACCAUUCAAAAUACCACCCACUGAGAAACUGGUAAAAAAAGAUAAACUACUAAAGCCAAUUACAGAGACAACUACACCAACACCCUCAAAUACAGACAGUCAGAUAGCUACAAAUGAUGAUAAUAAUACUGAUAACAAAUCAACAUUAUCGACAGAACAAUCAACAAACAUUACAAAUCCACCAUCAACAACAACAACACAAAUCCAAACACCUUCUGUUUCCACACCUUCAACUGCAGUUAAAAACAACAAUUUACAACAGAAAAAAUCAAAAGUAAUCCUUCCAUUACUUUAUAAAUCAACAACCAGCAGUAAAGAUGAACAAUCGAUAAUCAAUUUGGCAAAGACUAUAAAAUCAAUGAACGAUAAUGGUCAACCUCUGCUUGCGGAAGAUUCAAAUGCUAAGAGUGGAGUUGAGCCAGCUGGUAAUAUUAAUGAUACAGUUUUUGCAACAGGAGAUGUCAGAACACUUGACAGAGAAGGAACUCGAUCACUUUGUGUCGCUGAACAUGUGGUCGGGCAAUUUGAAAUCGGCACUGCAACGCAUUGUCAAGCAAGGUCAGCUCAAUGCUCAUUACGUUGCACUCUCUGCACAGUGCGGACGUGA